UCAGAACCAGGAACUAAACAGCACUUAGUUGGCAUCAGAACCGGAGACAUGUGUGGCAUUUUUGCAUAUUUGAAUUAUCAUGUGCCUCGCACUCGCCGUGAGAUCCUCGAGGUCCUCAUCAAAGGUCUGCGGCGCCUGGAGUAUCGUGGCUAUGACUCUGCAGGUGUGGGCAUUGAUGGGGGAAACAGCAAGGAAUGGGAGACCAACUCUAAAAGCAUCCACUUGAUCAAACAAACAGGAAAGGUGAAAGCCCUUGAUGAAGAAAUCAAUAGGCAGCAGGAUAUUGAUCUUGAUGUGGAGUUUGAUGUGCACCUGGGAAUCGCUCACACCCGAUGGGCCACUCAUGGUGUCCCCAGCCCUGUCAAUAGCCACCCGCAAAGAUCAGACAAGAACAACGAAUUCAUUGUUAUUCAUAAUGGAAUCAUUACCAACUACAAAGACCUAAAGAAGUUUCUGGAGAGCAAAGGUUAUGAUUUCGAAUCUGAGACCGACACCGAGACCAUCGCCAAGCUGGUGAAGUACAUGUAUGAUAACCGUGAGAGUGAUGACAUCACCUUUGCAACCCUUGUGGAGCAAGUCACUCAGCAACUGGAAGGAGCUUUUGCCCUGGUCUUCAAAAGCAUGCACUACCCAGGAGAGGCUGUUGUCUCCAGGAGAGGAGGUCCAUUACUGAUUGGCGUUAGAAGUGACCACAAGCUGUCCACAGAUCACAUCCCCAUCCUGUAUCGCUCCUCUGGUAAAGACAAAAAGAGCUGUAAUACUCUGCCCAGGAUGGACCAGGAUACGUGUCUAUUUCCUGUGGAUGAAAAAGCUGUGGAGUACUACUUUGCCUCAGAUGCCAGUGCUGUAAUCGAGCACACCAAUCGGGUUAUCUUCCUUGAGGAUGAUGAUGUUGCAGCGGUGAGCGACGGCCGUCUCUCCAUCCAUCGGAUCAAGCGCACAGCAGGAGACCACCCAGCCCGCGCCAUACAGACCCUACAGAUGGAGCUGCAGCAGAUCAUGAAGGGAAACUUCAGUUCCUUCAUGCAGAAGGAGAUCUUUGAGCAGCCAGAGUCUGUGGUCAACACCAUGAGAGGAAGAGUCAACUUUGAGAACAACACCGUGACCUUGGGAGGACUGAAAGAUCACAUUAAAGAGAUCCAGAGGUGUCGAAGGCUCAUCUUGAUCGCUUGUGGGACCAGUUACCAUGCUGGAGUUGCAACUCGUCAGGUGUUGGAAGAACUGACUGAACUUCCUGUCAUGGUGGAGCUGGCCAGUGAUUUCCUGGAUCGAAACACGCCUGUGUUCCGCGAUGAUGUGUGCUUUUUCAUCAGCCAAUCAGGGGAGACCGCAGACAGCCUGAUGGCUCUGCGCUACUGUAAGGAGAGAGGCGCCCUGACGGUGGGCAUCACCAACACCGUAGGCAGCUCCAUCUCCAGAGAAACAGACUGUGGCGUUCAUAUUAAUGCUGGCCCAGAAAUUGGCGUGGCUAGCACCAAGGCGUAUACGAGUCAGUUUGUGGCUCUCAUCAUGUUUGCCCUGUUGAUGUGUGACGACAGAAUCUCCAUGCAGCCACGGAGACGAGAAAUCAUACAAGGCCUCAAAGUGCUGCCAGAUCUGAUCAAGGAUGUGUUGAGUCUGGAUGAGGAGAUUCAGAAGUUGGCGACUGAGCUAUAUCAGCAGAAGAGUGUUUUGAUCAUGGGCCGAGGCUUCCAUUACGCCACCUGUCUGGAAGGAGCUUUGAAAAUUAAAGAGAUCACAUACAUGCAUUCAGAGGGGAUUUUGGCCGGAGAGCUGAAGCAUGGGCCUCUGGCUCUGGUGGACAAACUCAUGCCUGUCAUCAUGAUCAUAAUGAGAGACCACACAUACAACAAGUGCCAAAACGCACUGCAGCAGGUGGUGGCAAGACAGGGGCGUCCCAUUGUGAUCUGUGAUAAGGACGACUAUGAGACCAUAAAAAGCUCCAGUCGCACCAUUAAAGUGCCUCAUUGUGUGGACUGCCUUCAGGGAGUUCUCAGUGUCAUCCCCCUACAGCUGCUGUCCUUCCACCUCGCUGUCCUUCGUGGAUUCGACGUUGAUUGCCCAAGAAACCUGGCCAAAUCAGUGACUGUAGAGUAAACACUUCCUGACUGAUGCCCUAAAACACACACGCACACACACACACACACACACACACACACACACACACACACACACACAAGUACAGACUAUCAAAGACAUGAAGACAAUUGGACAUUCUUUCCAGUUUUCUAUAUGCCAGCUUUCAUAUUAUGAAAGAAUCUGAAGUGUAUCUCUAUAACUGUAUCUCCUCUCAAAUCAUGAUUAUUUAAAGCAUCAUAUCAUUGCUGUUGACUGGAUUGUGUUUUUGUUUGUGAUGGCGUGGUAUGGGCUGGCUGUAUAAUAGCUGCCCUGGAUGUCACAUGGUACGUCCUAUAACAUGUUUGUCCUAUAGCUGUUUACAGUUUUAUCUGUUCAUAUUUGUUUCGCCCAGAAUGACCUGUAGAUGGCUCUCAUCAAAUACACAAGUGCAUUUUGUGUAGCAAAGUUGAUGUGCCAGUUUGCAUUUAGCAACAUAUGUGGCAAUGAUCUCAAAACAAAGCCAUCUCUUGAAACCAGGUCUCCAUUAGAUGCUUUCCAUAAGAAAGAAAGAAAAAAAAAUAUUCCAGUCUUGUGACACUAUUUGAAUCAGUGCUUAGUGAUAGUUUGCACACUUGUUUAUUUGCUGCUAUUUAAUGGGAAGAUCUUGUUACUGAUGACUAGCAUAUUUCUUUUGUCCUGGAAUUACUUAUGAUUAUCUGAAAUAUUAUUUACACAGAGAUUUCCACAGCUGACCUUAGCGCAUACAGUGGCCUUUAAAAUGAUUAUGUAUAACAAUAAGACUUAUUUAAUCUGAAAUAGCAGUUGUUGAAUUAGUGCUAACGUCUUCAAGUGUCUUGUAACAUCAUUACAUACAUUCCAUCAAAUGCAGAUCUGACAUUUAGUGAAAUUUCUCAUCUCACUGCAUUGCUUUGAGACUUUAAAAUGUACAUUUUAUACUCCAUAUAUAAUUUGACAAAAUACACAUCUGUUAUUAUGUAAAAGUAGAUGUUUAUUGUCUUUCAUCAUUGAGGUUUCAUACAUUCUUGUGGCAAACAAAUGUUUGAAACUAUGACAGAAUGGAAGGUAAUAUCAAGGGGACGGUUGUAUUUAAUGACAAUCCAUGUAGAGAUCAUGUGCAUGAAAAGUUUUAAAAUAUGAAGUAAACAUAUGAAUUGUUUGUUGAGCUAAUCUUUGCAACUAGUCUUACAGUGAAGUUUCAAUGUGUUUUUGCCAAACUGGGUCAUCAAAAUUUUGUUUGUUUCGAUUUGGCCCAACAAGACAUCUACUGGUAUGUUAAAACCAGUCAACUGUUACAAAACGAAAUGUUUUGUUUGCAGGGUUUGAUGAAGAGAAUAAAGUUGCUAGCAUAUUGCUUGUUGAAGUGGUAUAUUUUAGUUCCCACCAAAAGUGAAUCAAUGCAGUUGGUGACUUAAAAAUACUGUACAUGUAGUUACUGUAUUAAUAUGUCCGCUCCACAAUCAGUUUGUCUUUUACAAUGAAAUAUUUAGUACAGUGUAGCAUACAUGUGUAUUUUAAAUAUUACUUUUUUGACUUUCCAAUGGAUUGCUCUGAGGUCUUGUUAUAAAAGAGACUAAGAGUUGGUAUCCAGUUUACAGUAGUACUGCCAAUGGAUGAAGAUGAAUAGAAACAAAAACAAAGUAUGCUGUGUUACUUUAUACUGCGCCUGCCCCAUACAACGCCACCUUUAUUUUUUGAUUCCAUGGGACCAUUUUGUUGUCUUGUCUUUCUUUUGUUUUUAUUGGGUAUAGAGGGAUUAUAUUUUUUCUAUUUACUUUAUAUUGUUACUUUUUUAUGUACUUCCUUUGAUCCAAAUAUUAAUGUGAUUUUUAAAUUUCAUGAUUAUGCCAUUGUGCACUAAAUAAACAUAAAGACACCUCA